AUGGAUCAAAUCAACCAGUUUUUGUUUCGCCUUAACGAAAGCACGAAAAACAACACAAUCCUGAAGCUGAUCUCUUCAAAAACUGGUUUGCAAACUUCUCAUAUAGUAGUGAUUUUAGGCGCAUGCGUAUUUGGCUUUAUGAUGUUUGGAAUCGGCGCUGAUAUCAUUGGGGAUUUUAUUGGGUUCAUUUAUCCAGCUUAUAUGUCAUUCAAAGCUAUUGAAUCAGCAGAGACUGACGACGAUAAACAGUGGCUUACAUACUGGGUGGUUUACGCUAUAUGUAGGUUUAUAGAUGACUCAGCAUCAUUUUUGUUCUCAUGGGUCCCUUUCUAUCAUCCGUUCAAGCUUCUAUUUCUGUUCUUUUUAUUCUCUCCACAGAUUAAAGGAGCCUUAAUUCUUUAUGAAAAUAUUGUUCAGCCUAUCUUACUUAAAAAUCAAGAUAAAAUUGACAAAGGAAUUGAAUCUUUUAAAGAAGAAGCAACUAAGGCAGCAGCAAUAGCGAAAGAGCAAGCAGUAAAGCAAGGAACAAAUUAUUUAUUAAAAGCAAAUAACUAA